CUCUUGCAGCUGCAAGAACGUGACUUUCAUUCUGCAGUUUUAUCAGGAGCUAAUUUUUUCCACUCUGCUUUCGUGCAAUAGUCGUCAGUUUCUACAUCAAAACUUUGGUUUUCGGAUGUAAAAUUUCACAUUUUUGAUUAGUCCGUUCCAUUUAGCCCCGGAAAAAUGGAUCCCGAGCAGCCACCUGAGCCCAAAUCCGAUCCGCCAGCGCCAAUGGAGACGGGCAGCGAACCCAAUUCUGCGGGCUCGGAUGCCAUGGCAGCGGCUACGGAGCAAGCCCGCCAGCUGGACCUGAUGAACCCGACACCACUGGCGGAUAAACCCAGUCCUCCGGGUGGCCGCGGCAAGGGUAAAGGGAACGGAAAAUACAUCGGACGCGACGGCAAAGAACGGAUCAGUCGCGCCGAAGAGGACCGUCUGCGCUAUACCGCCGUCCACACGCGCCCUGCCGCCGUCAAAGAUGAGAAGAAAGGAAGCGGCGGUGAUGUGGUCCGUCUGCACUCCAACUACAUCGAGGUGAAGGUGGGCACGAAGGGCGUCAUCUACCAGUACCAGGUGGAUUUCGAUCCACAGCCCGGCAAUCGCUCGCAGCGCUACGGCAUCAUGCACCGCUGGGCCGACAAGAAGCAGAUGGUCAAGCACGCCUACAUCUUCGACGGCGGCAGCGUCCUGUACGUCGGCCCAACCGCCGCCGAAUUAAUCACCGAGGAGUGCGAAGAUGCGGUGGAGUUCAAUCAGCAGGAAAUGAAGGUGCGCAUGCGGCGCACGGCCAAUCUGGACGCGCAGAAUCCACAAGUGCUGGUCAUCCUGAAUUCCCAGUUGAACCGAUUCCAGGAGCACGAUUUGAAAAUGGUCCGCAUCCAGGAUAACUGCUACGAUCCGGCUGGUAAAUUGGAGCCGGAAGGUUACCAGAAACGCCUGGAAAUCUGGCCGGGCUUUGAAACUUCCAUUGGGAUUUUCGAGCAGAAUCGCGUGUUGAUGAGCGUCGAUCAGCGCUUCCGUAUUAUUCGAAAUGAGAACGCUCGUGAUGCUUUGCGUGAGGCAUGGAGCAGUGCGGCGCGAACGGAGCAGGGACCGGAAAAUAUCCAGAAGAAAGCGGCCAAGGCCGUCGUUGGACAGACCAUCGAGACCAUGUACAACCACAUGGUGUACCGCGUUCAGGCCGUUGAGUGGACCAAGACCCCGGCCAAGACUUUCGAGACGCGAGUGCGUGUGGGCGAUAAAUGGGAAAAGAAGGAGAUUACAUUCGGCCAGUACUUCGCUGAUCGCUAUCACAUGAACGUCACUGACGCCAGUCAGCCGCUGCUGGUGGUCAAGCCGGCCAACAAGGCCCUGCGUCGACGCGGCACGGAGCAGAUUCUGCUCGUGCCGGAACUGUGCCGUUUGACUGGAUACACGGACAAGAUUCGGGCUGAUUUCCGCAUCAUGCAGGCGGUGUCGAAACAUACCAAACUGGAUCCCGGUCGCCGCAAGAACGCCACAGAGGUCUUCAUCCGCAAGCUGACUGGCAAUGAAAACGUCCAGAAAGAGCUGAAGCACUGGGACGUCCAGUACGGUCGCGAACUGGUAAAAUUCCAGUCCCGCUGUCUGCGCCCGCAGCAGCUCUCCCAGAGCGGACGUAAUUAUUCGUACGAUCACAUCAAGGCCGACUGGAGCACGGAUAUGCGCGGCGCCCAAUUCCAGACGGCCAUGGAGCUGGGCAUCUGGCUGGUGCUGACCACGCAGCCCAACCACGGCAUCACGGAGCAGUUUGUCCGCCAGAUCAUGGAGGUCGCCGGGCCGAUGGGCAUGCGUGUCGGCAGUCCCAAAGUGCAAAUUGUGGCUGAUACGCCGCAGGCGUACAUCGAGCAGGUGCAGAAGCUGAACCGCCCCGAUUUGAAGCUAGUGAUGGCUGUGUUCUCCUCGAACGCGAAGGAUCGCUACGAUGCCUUCAAAGAGACGCUGUGCUGCAAUCUGCCAUGCGCUUCGCAAGUAAUUUUGGCAAAGACGAUCAGCGGUGCUCCCGGAAAGAUCAAGAGCGUGGCCACCAAAGUGUGCAUGCAGCUGAACGCCAAGCUGGGCGGCGACAUCUGGACGAUGCAUUUCCCGUUUACUGCUCCGACGAUGGUCAUCGGCAUUGACUGCCAUCGUGACCGUAUGGCCCAGAAGACGCUGGUGGCGGCCGCGGCGGCUUGGAACAAGGGCUUCUCCAGGUACUACAACUGCGCGGUGUAUGCGGACGACGACGAUCAAAUUCUGACGUGUAUUCCGCUGCUUGUCAAGGAGUGCAUUGAGUACUUCAAAGCGCAGAACAAGUGCCUCCCGCAGGGUGUCUUCGUUUACCGUGACGGAAUUUCCGAGGGUCAGCUGGGCAACAUUAAGGAGAUCGAACUGGCUGGUGUGCGAAAUCUGACGAAUGGUCUGUCCACGGACAAAAAGAUCACGCUGACGUAUAUUUUGGUGAAUAAACGCGAGAGCACCCGCUUCUUCAAGGACGACAACGGGAACAUCCUGAAUCCGCUGUCCGGCACCAUCGUGGACGAUAUCGUCACCCGCCCGUUCCGCUACGACUUCUACAUCGUGUCGCAGAGUGUGCGUGAGGGCACGGUGGCGCCGACGUACUACAACGUCAUCGACGACGAUUCCCCGCUGAAGCCGCAGCAUCUGCAGCAGAUGACGUACAUGUUGUGCCACAUGUACUACAACUGGCCGGGAACGAUCCGUGUGCCGGCGCCCGUGCAGUACGCUCGUAAGCACGCGCAGCUGAUCGCGCUGAACCUGCACAAGAAGGCCGCGGACAGUCUGCGCGAACGCAUGUUUUACCUGUAGACGCGGUCGCGCGUUUGGGGAUACGUUGACGGGAAUGGGCGGCAUGGAUUUGUUGAGUGGAUGGAUAUUUUUUUGAUUGUUAGAGAAUGUUAUUUUUUUGCAUUUUCAGUUUUUAUCAUUUCCAUGGGGCGCGUCAUUGCGCAGCGGUUGGGACUCAGUCUGCCGCGUACGGUAUUUUUGUUUUUAACAUUUUGCGGUGGCAAGCCGGGUUUGCUGUACAGCAAUUUGUGAUGUUUCUUACUAAUGCGUGUAUAAUCGGAGAAUUUUGUUGUUUUGUUUCGUAACAAUUUUAUGAGGUGAAUUUUGCGCGUAAUUUCUGGUUGCGGAGGGAAGCUGUGCGAUGUGUCGAUAAUUUUCGGCUUGUGUUAAUUACUGGAUCUCGUUAACGAAGGAAUUAAACGAUCACCGACUGCAA